AUGUUUGCCCAUGCUCCCAAUACAAUACAGUUGGAGCUGAAGAGCUCCGAUGGUGAUGCCUACCUGAUUCAAGUGGCGUGGCCUCUAGCCUGGGACGACCCUAAGGCUCCCGGUCAUAGCGCCUCCAUCCUAUAUGUGCUUGAUGGCAAUGCACUCUUCUUCACAACAACCGAAGCCGCCCGCCGUAGCGCAAUGCUUCCCACAAGCGAUAAUGCGGUGGUGGUAGGAAUCGGGUAUCCAAUGGAAGACAGGCCCUACAGUCCGCGAAGGCAUUAUGACUACACACCCCCAUGUGAUAAGUACGAAGCACCAUGCGGAAUCGACGGUCAGCAACAGGCUUUGCCUCACGGUGGUGCAAAUCAGUUGCUUGAUUUUCUUGUCAGCACCACAUUCUCCCUGGUCUAUGCGUCAAUAAGGAGAUCCUUAUCGGUCAUUCUCUGGGCGGGCUUUGCACAUUACAUGCACUUUUCCAGCACCUAA